AUAUAUAUAUAUACCAUAUCAAACGUGCGUUUCAGGAGUUGCAAAAUCUGCCACAAGUUGGAAUAGUUGAACAUUAUAAAAAAGUGUAAUAGUGAAACGCUUAGUCUGCAGAUAUAUUUCUGUAACGAUUUUUUUCUUUUACAAUUUCUACUUCUAUCUUUUAAUUAGCAAUCGGCAAAUGUCCCAAAUUAAAUUGUUUAUACUCAAAAAAAAUUACGCGCACGAUAAAAGCUUGAUUUAAGAAUCCGCUUCUUUCUUCAGAAGCGUCAAGAAGCAAAUUCGAUUAAAUAAUCUCUUUCCGUUUCUCGCGCUCCUCGAAUUCGAUACGCGCUUGAUAGGAGAAAAAGAGAGCGGUACAGGAUGCGCAAGACGGAUGUGAUAAACUUGCGCGUGUAUCGAUCAGCUAUAGCGAUGCCGUAGCGUUUCUUCCAGGCGAAUCCCUAGGACGCGUCAUGCCUGUCUGCCUCGGGACCGAUCGGACGGGCGCCAUCGAGUUCAGGCUCCUCACCGACGACAGAAUUGAGGAUGCCCUGAUCGUGCAACAGCUUUCCAUGCGGCAGGAGUGCAUCGCGAUCGGUGUGGGCAUGUACGAGGAUUUCGGCGCCUCCGAAGAGAUGCAACUGGUCUUCAGGGAGGUCAUUAAGGAUGGCUGCACGGUGAUCGCGAUCGAUCGAUCGGAUCGAGUAGUCGCCGUGGCGUUCAACAAGUUGUGUACACCACCUCAGCCCGAGGAAACGGACCCCUUUGCAUUUUUUGUAGAAAAUAACAUCAAGCAUCGCUCGUGCCGGGAUCUGAUUGAAUUCAUCGACGACAUAGAAUCGCGAGUAGACGUCUUCCAGAAAUAUAAUGCACGGGGUGCCAUGGAAAUCUUCUACAUAGGCACGCAUCCGGAGUCUCAGGACCGCGGGAUCGGUCUGGAGAUCACCGAAAAAAGUCUCGAGGUCGCACGAGGAUUGCGCGCCAGGAAAUUGAAGCAGAUCUGCGUAACCGACGAAAUCGUCAACGAGCACGUGCGACCGGAAGUGGUCUUCGCCGUCGCCGCUUCGACAUUCAGCCAACGAAUCAUGGACAAGCUGAACUUCGAAACGCUUGUCGAGGUACGGUAUGAAGAUUACGUACGCGGUGGCAAGAAGAUGUCUGACAGAAUAGGUCAUCUGCACAAGACGGCCAAGUUAGUCGCUCGUAAGCUCUGAUGACGUCACUUUUUUUUUUACAUAAAUCGUUCGCUUUUAUAUCAAAAUAAGAGCGAUGUCUAAAACAUUAAAUAUGAAGAAAUAGAGAAAGGUUACAGUUUAGUUAUGUAGCACGUGUUGCGGAAGAAUAAUUGGCAGCACGUCGUAAUACUGUUGAUAUAAUGUUAUAUUAUACAAAAUGAUAUAAAUAGUAACGUUACAUAUGAGCACAUUAAUCAAUUUAACAAGCUAGCAUUGAAAUUAGCUGCUGAAUAAUCGACACUGUGGAUUGUAAGAUAUUUAUUAUAUCUAUGCAUUAAGUAGCGGAAACAACGCUACUGUGUUCACUACUUUGUUAAAAAUGUAUUGAAAAUUGUCUUUGGUAAUUUUAAAAACAUUGUUCAUUCUUUUGUAUAACUCAUUUCUUCUGAAUAUGUAAAAUUGCACAAACGAUAGAAGUAUAAAAAUUGUUAUCUCUUCGUUAUCUCUCGUAUACAUUUCCAUUAUAAAUAUAAUUUUUAUGUUUGUUGUUCACAUAAUUUUACACACUUUUUUACAGUGUGCUGAAAUUAUACAUAGGCUGAAAAAGAAUUGACCAAUUUAUUCCUAGUUGACAUUGACAAAAUUAAUUGUAACUGAAGAAUUUUUCGGAUUAAAAGAUACAAGGA